CGCGUGUUUGGAUCACAUUAGCUGAUUCAUAUAAAAUUUAGAUUUAGGCGCCUAAAUAUAUUUCCCUCUGAACUGAUAAUCCACGUCAAAAAGAUAAGAUUUUUUUUUUUUCUCAGUAGCCAAACUCCAUCUUCAUAACUCACGAAUUACCAUUCAAUAUUUGAAGCUAAUCUCUUGAAAUUUUGUGUUUCUGGGUACUUACGAACAAUCCCUGCUUCCCAAUUCCAUGUUUGCAGCAUCCGAUUGACCGGAAAUUUCGAGGGUUUUCUGCAGCGAUGAAUUUGUCGGUGAGUUUUGGCGGCAACUCGGUCAUUCAUCUGCCGCGGUGCGGCUCGUGCAGCGGCGUUCGUUUAUCUUGUCCGGCCAUUGCGAGCUGGAAAUUCAGCUCUCGCUGCUCGCUGAGGAGCAACUUGAAGGUCGUUUGCAGAGCGAACGAGACAGAGGCGGAGCCGGAGAUUAACAAUGACGAGGAAAGGAACAUAAAUGGAGAAAUCGAAGGAGUUGUGUCGAGUGGUUUGAGUUCCGGUAAUAGUUCAGAGCAAGGUUCUCAGAAUUCGGUUAAUGAUCAGUCUCUUGAGUCGAAAAGCUUGGUGAAUAGUGACACUAAUGGAGAAACAAAUGCCGGGGUCAAAUUUGAGGAUGUUAAAGAUGAUCAAGUUGCAAGUGGGUCACCACUUCCAGGUGUGAAGGUGCAGAAGGAAUUUGCCGAAUCAAUCAGAAUCCCGAAGGAAACUAUUGAUAUUCUGAAGGACCAAGUGUUUGGUUUUGACACGUUCUUUGUGACCAGCCAAGAACCAUAUGAAGGUGGGAUAUUAUUCAAGGGAAAUCUACGAGGGCAAGCUGCAAAAAGUUACGAGAAAAUUACAAGAAGAAUGAAAACCAAGUUCGAAGAUCUGUAUAAAGUGUUCCUUCUAAUUAAUCCAGAGGAUGAUAAACCUGUUGCUGUUGUUGUACCAAGGAAGACAUUGCAACCAGAUACCACUGUUGUUCCAGAAUGGUUUGCUGCUGGGGCUUUCGGAUUAGUCACUGUAUUCACCUUACUUCUUCGUAAUGUUCCAGAACUACAGACCAAUAUAUUAUCAGUAUUUGACAAUGUCGAGUUGUUGAAAAACGGGCUUCCUGGAGCUCUUGUAACUGCUCUUAUUAUGGGAGUACAUGAAAUCAGCCAUUUACUAGUGGCUAAAGAAGCUGGAAUUAAGCUUGGAGUUCCUUACUUUGUGCCAAGUUGGCAGAUAGGAUCAUUCGGUUCUAUAACAAGGAUUCGCAAUAUCGUGCCAAAACGUGAAGAUCUCUUGAAAGUUGCAGCAGCAGGUCCUUCAGCAGGGUUUGCUUUGGGACUCGUGCUUUUGCUUGUGGGAUUCGUUUUGCCUCCGGCUGAUAAACUUGGUCUUGUUAUCGAUCCUGCUGUAUUUCAUGAAUCACUUCUAGUCGGUGGUAUAGCUAAGCUACUUCUUGGUGAUAUUCUGAAAGAAGGCACCCCAUUAUCGGUGAAUCCACUAGUAAUGUGGGCUUGGGCCGGGCUUCUCAUAAAUGCUAUUAACAGCAUUCCUGCAGGAGAGCUUGACGGUGGCCGGAUUUCUUUUGCCAUCUGGGGAAGAAAGGCCUCAUCUCGAUUUACUUCAGCCUCGAUCGUGCUUCUUGGGCUGGCCUCAUUGUUCAGCGACGUGGCUUUUUACUGGGUUGUUUUGAUAUUCUUCCUGCAAAGAGGCCCAAUAGCGCCUUGUUCUGAAGAAGUCACGGGCCCUGACGACAAGUAUAAGGCCCUUGGGAUAAUGGUUUUGCUACUUGGGCUCUUUGUGUGCUUGCCAUAUCCAUUUCCAUUUACAAGUAAUGUUAUUGACAGUUUUUAGGAAGCCCAGCAGAAGUUUUUUGUAUAGUUAUUACUAUUUCUUGAAGCUAUUUUGGUGCUCUGUAUGGCUUUUAUCUGAGUGCAAUCCUGUUCUGUUGUUUAAUUGUUUGUUGUUAUUAUAUUGGUUAAAUAUGCAAAUACACAAUUUGAUUGUGAAGCAUUUCAUGGGAGAUUAAAAUAUCUGAACAUGGAAAUUAUUGGAAAUACA